AUGGAUUGUUUGAAGAAAUAUUUAUCGCAACUAUUAUUACUAGUUCCUCCAGGGACUUUUGAAGUUGGAUCCAAUGAAAGAGUCGGAUACUCAAUUCUUAGUAUUUUAGAGGGGAAAUCAGAACAUUUAUUUGAAGUGAGUGAUUUCAAAGAAAUAUUGCAUUUGCCUCAAUUACAGAAUAUUUUACAGAAAUACUCAUCGAACAACUUAAUUGAUGUCUUAAACGAAUAUGUUGACCAGUUGAUAGCUUUACUGGAUAAGUACUUUGGCAAAGAUAGUGUCAUCUGUUUGCAGAUAUUGGGUGUUGCAUGUUUGCAGUCAUUUGUCCAAGCAAAUUUUACUGGUCCACCAGUUUCGAAAACAGCACAGUCUUUGUGGUUCCCAAAUGAGAAUACCGAAAACGUACAGGCUGAAGCUAUUAAAUUGCUUAGCAUUGAAGGACAACAAGCGUACGACUUGAUGCAAGAACCUCUCUUUUUAGUGAUGUCAGAAUUGAUUUUCGAAAGAUUGUUACAAACACCUCCUCAAUUAUCCCUUUUCAGCAGAAGCGAUCCAACCAAACUCUUGGAUUUUGUUACCGAAGCCUCCAAAGUCCAAGACCCAAUUACUGCUUCUCUUUGUUGGUGGAAAGUCAGAGGAUUGCAAGUACAUUUAUCAGUAGUAUCGGAACCACCGAGCAUCAUACUGUCGGUUUGUGGAAUAAUUCUCAACUCAUCAUUAGUGAAUGCAAUUGCACCACCAGACUUCCCCGAGUUGCAAAAACUAGUUCAGAUUCAGUUUCUUUUGGAAGUUUCUAGAAUUCAUAUUCAUUCGUCAACAGAGCACGCUGCCGUCUCACCAUUAAUCCAGGCCAAAAAGUUGUCGGACUUCCAAUUGCUACUUUCCGGAGCAAAGGCAAAAAGAACAAAGUUUCAGAAUUUUUUCACAUCAAACUUGAUUGUGCUAGCAAAGAGUAGCCAAAACACUCUCUACGAAGUUGAAACUUCCACCCCAGAAAGUUGUCAGUUGGAUUCUGAUUUGUUAUUAGAAAAACCACAAUACGAAUCUUUAGAGGAUCUUGAGAUUGAAAUUGAACAAGACACUAAAAGAAUAAGAUAUGAUUCCUUUUUGUUACAACAAAAUACCGCUGACGAAAAAUUGCUUCCCUUAGCUAUGAAACAGGAAGAUAUUCCAGCAGAUUUGAAAGAUCUUGACCCAAACAACCAGCCAGCCUUGAAUAAUCUCGAUAACUUGCAGUUGUUGUUAAGACUAACCGUGUUGAAACAAACAUCGCCAGCAAGCGAUCCAUUGGUAGAGGAGGAACUUUCUGCAUUGGUGGGUCGUGUUUUAUACGCAAGUGCAGGUAAAGUGAAUUGGUCGAUUUUUUCACGUGCCUUAUGGGAACGGUCUUUGCUCGAAACAAACAAGUCUAGAACUAUUGAAAGAGGUAUACUCCAAAUGACUUCUUUGAUUGAAGAAAUGGGAAUUAAGAUUAAAACCAGAAUUAUACCCGAAUCGAUGGAGGAGGACACCAGUGCCACUACAGCACUGAGAUUGAGAUUCAUUCAUUUGCUACCUCUUCUACCCCAAUGGGCUAUGGAUGCCAAGCUUGCAGAAAAGUACAUGUCUUUGGGAGUUUUACGAUCGGCUAUAGAGAUUUACGAAAGAUUGCACAUGCUGUGUGAGGCGGCAUUGUGCUAUGCAGCAGUGGACAACGAAAGAGAAGCAGAGAAUAUUAUACUACAACGUCUUGCAACCCAUCCUGAGGACGCUAGAGCCAUCUCGAUUUUGGGUGAUAUCCGACAAGAUCCUUCAUUAUGGGAGAAAGCAUGGGAAGUUGGCCAUUAUGCAAAGGCAAAGGCAUCUUUGUCACACUAUUAUUAUUCGCCACCAAGAAAAGAUAUUGACUUAGCGAUCAAGCACAUGUUUGAUUGUCUCACAGUCAACCCAUUGAGCUAUGAAAAUUGGUAUUUCUAUGGAUGUUGUGGUCUUGAAUCGGGUCAAUUUGAAUUGGCCUCAGAAGCAUUUACACGAUGUGUUUCUCUUGACGAUUCCAACUCCUAUGCGUGGUCUAAUUUGGCCAGUGCCCUUUUGAAAUUGGACAAGACCAAACCUGCGUUCAAUGCUUUGAAAAAAGCCAUUAGAAGCGGUGGCGAAAGUCGCAAGUCUUGGAGAAUUUAUGAAAACUACGUUAAUGUGGCUGCCAAGCUCCAUGAAUGGAAUGAUGUAUUGCAAGGGUGUCGUGAAUUGAUUGAGAUUAGAAAAAACGAAGGCGAUACCGCCAUUGACAUUCCUGUUUUGGAAAAACUAGUUGAAAUUCUUGUAUCCGAAGAAUUCCCUGGUGACGGAGAGAGAUUGUCGCACUACCAACUGUCUUGUAUUGAUUUGGUUUGCAAUGUGUUGCCAAAGGUAAUAACUUCAUCAGCGCGAUGCUGGAGAAUAGUUGCUAGAGUCGAAUUGUGGAGAAAAAGACCAUGGGCAGCAUUGGAAUGUCACGAAAAGGCAUACAGAGUUAUGGUGCAUAACCCAGAGUUGGAAUCCAGUGAAACUAUUUGGAACGAGAUUGUCGAUGCUUGUGAAGAUUUGGUGAGUGCGUUUGAAUCACUCGGUGAGUUACCGGGGAAACAUGGAGCUGGUGACUUGGUAUGUAAAGACUGGAAGUACAAGGCCAGAACUACGGUGAGGUCAUUAAUGUCUAAAGGUAAAGAUAUGUGGGAAGACUCUCCUGGCUGGGAGAGACUACAAAACAUGAAGAGAGAUUUAUCUAAUUAA